AUGCCCACGAAACUUGAAGUCAACGUGAACAAUAUCAUAUUUGAAUCUUAUUCAGUUGAUCCAGCCACCGGGCAUCCUAUUUACGCAUUCGACUCGACCUAUUUGCCAUCAGCAGCGGAGAUCAACGAUAGCACAGUAUAUGAAGUACUUCUGGAUAGGCUUAUGGAUAACCUGAUAAACAGGCUCCCCUCCAAGCCGUUUUCACUUGUCGUAUUUUCUUCAGGUUUCACUGCUAAUGGCAUAAAUUGGGUGGAUGGGAUCCGAAUGUAUGCCCGACUACCAAGGCAGAAUAAAAACUACUUACAAAAGAUGUACAUCGUCCACGAGUCAUUCUUCAUAAGGACAGUCUACCAGGUUCUGAAGAAUGUGAUGAACAUCAAGUUCCUGAACGGCGGCAACUCAAAGGAUACCUUGGUGCAUGUUUCCAACCUUAGUGAGCUGGCCGAACAUAUAGACAUUACAAGGCUACGGAUAUCUUUGAAUGUGUACCUCUAUGAUUACGAAAUUAACGACACAAUCAAGAUUCCGGACUGGUUUAAAAGCUCUAAAGGCGAGCUCUCUCGAAAGGAAUACCGACAGCUAAUCUUUGAUAAGAUUUUCAAACGGCUUACGUUAGAGGCCCCGCAACAUCCCCUCGUAUUCCAAAAGCCUGGAUCGUACAAGAAAAUAAACAUCCUAUUGGAUGUCAUUGAGCGGAAUAAUUAUAUUGAUUUAUCUCAAUGGGAUAUUUAUUCUAUUGCGUCCGUUUUCCUGCAUUUCAUCAAGAGUAAGUCGAAACCUUUGUUCCCAAUAGACCUGCUCCCGUUGCCCAUUGACGAUAGCUUCGAGUACACAUACAACACAUUUUUUGCAAUGAUGGCAUAUAAUGGAUACUACGACUUGGUAGCCGCCAUAUUUCCAUUUCUGCAUACCCUACUGGAAAAUACCAAAGUCACCAAUCACACUUACAUGACAUUGAGCAAAUGUCUAACCUCCGCAAUGUGCAAGGAAAAAGUGUCCAUGAAGUCAGGCGACCGUCUUGCAGUUGGCACGCGCUUCAUCCGGAACUUGCUGAUCCAUUUCGAUGGAAUAAGAGCCAAAAUGUCAAAACACAAUGGAUUACAUCGUAGAUCGAAGUCCGUUUCCGCUCGCAGCUUGCCCCGUCACAUGCUACCAUCCCGCGCAAAAGAAUCCGCACAUAGGCGCUCUAAGACCUCCGACGAGGCGCAACUGGGGUCGCCAUCUUCUCGUUCCCCUUCUCCACCCCCCUUGCCAAAGCGUAUGCCAACCAACUUACCAACGCCGGGUGCGAUUCCUAAUUCCACAUCAACACCUGCCAAGUGUAUGCCUGACCUACCCACACGUGGUAGUCCACGCAAGGCUGCCGGGCCAGGAGUCUCCAGCAACAACGUUUUCUCGGAUACUAAUACCCUAAAAACCAAGUCAUCCUGCCCCUCGCUGCGCACCACCGACGCGUCCGUACUCUCCCUCAACGACGCAGAGACAGAUACCGAACUUUCCUUAACCAAGUCUAAAUCAGCAUCUCCCUCGGAAGCUGCCCCGCCAAUGAAACUCAGAAACAUGUCCUCCAACAUCUCUUUAAGACUUUCCAGCUCCACCCUCUGGAAGGAGUCGCCGGCUAGUCCCGAUGGAAAAUCCUCGCGAACCUCCGAGUCUCGCCGCCCGUCCUCUGCCAAGCCGAGUGCGGAUGCAGUGAUCACGGACGGGCUUAGAAAGGACUCCGAUCCCCUCGUCCUCGUCGAGAACAUCCGGAGCCUCGCUCUUGACAAGAAUGAGAAAAUACAGACCUUCGAUCUCGAGUUGCGGCGCAAGAAGCUCAGGACCCAUCAAGUUGCCGGCACUACUAAGUUUUCGCCUACCAGCUACUCCGACAUCCCGUCCGGUAAUAAGGUUUCGCGCCUCGCAUCUCUGUACGAACAGCGCCUACAGGGCCUAAAAAUCAUGAGUGAAGUCAAACGCGACUGA